UGCGUUCGCGGCGCAUGUCAGCCGCCAUAUUGGUUAUACUGUCGUUGAUACGAAAUUAUAAGGCGCGCGCGGUAAAUAUUGUUUUCGUGAUAAAUACGAUAGAAUUAGUUUAAUUUGAGAAAUGUCAUUUGGCACGGGGUUCGGAGGAACAACUACGACGCCCGCUCCUACAUUUAGCUUCGGUGCUGCCUCUACUACGGCGACACCAGUAAAACCAGCAGGGUUUGGAACACCAUCUUUUGGAUUUAGUACACCAGCUACCUCAGCACCAAGUCUGUUUGGUUCUGCUUCAACUCCAGCAACAGGAGGAUUUGGAAGUGGUACUACUUUUGGAACACAAGCUGCAUCUAGUUUUGGCAACACAUCGACAAGUGGUUUUGCUUCAGCACCUACCUUUGGUGCUACUUCUACCACUGGUUUUGGAACAGCUCCAGUAUUUGGAAGUACACCUGCUUCAUCAGGUACUGCAUUUGGCACUACUUCUACUUUUGGUAGCACAUCAGCCCCUACUAGUGCAUUUGGUACGUUUGGGACCACUACAACAUCCUCUUUAGGCUUUGGUGGUUUCGGUGGAUUUGGAACUACAACAACUACCUCCGCGCCUUCCUUUUUUGGAGGGUUCGGCACUACAAGUACAGCUCCAACUUUUGGUACUUCUACAGGUUUUGGUGCUUUUGGCACAAAACCAACAACCACAACUACAACCACUUUUGGUGGUUUUGGUACAGGUUGGUAUUUUUUUUUUAUCAAUAUAUUUUUUUUAAUGUGUUUUUUUAUUAAAUUUUUUUAUACAGGCACAGGAUUUACAGGAUUCGGAUCUGGUUUAGCACAAAAUCAGCAACAGUUCCAACAACAGCAGCAACCACAACAACCUGUUAAUACUAUAUCUGAAGCAUUAUACAAUGCUGUAUUUAAUUGUCAAUUGUAUAAUGAUGAACGUGAUAAUAUUAUCGCAAGAUGGAACCUUAUACAAGCUUUAUGGGGAACUGGGAAAGCUUACUAUUAUAUGAAUGCACCACCUAUAGAGCUUAAUCAAGAAAACCCGUUAUGUAGAUUCAAAGCUAUUGGAUACAGUCGAAUGCCUGAGGCUGAUAAUAACGACGGUCUAGUCGUACUUUGUUUCAGUAAAAAGAAAAAAGAUGUUAAAGAGGGUGAAGCGCAAUUGAUCGGUUUUAUGAAUAAUGUUUUGGGAAACAAACCUAAUUUAUCGCUUGUAAUAGACAACAUUAAAGCAAUUGGGGAAGACAAAAGUCAAGUGACCAUUUUUGUCACUGAAAAGGGAAUUACUGGAGCUCCUAGGAAAAUACCUGCCAAUGAGUUAGUUGCAUAUUUAUCGCAACCAAUGCAAAAACAACAAUUGGUGCAAAAUGGCGUAGAAGAUAUGUUACCUUUAGUCAAACUGGAUCCUGUACAGCUUAAAGAAUAUUUAGACAAUCCGCCUUGUUCGAUCGAUCCGCGAUUAUGGAAGCAGGCUCAACUGGAUAAUCCUAAUCCAGAACUUUAUAUUCCUGUACCAAUGAUUGGCUUCCAACAAGUUAAACAUAGAUUAAAAUGUCAGGGAGAGGAAACGAUAAGGCACAGAAAUUUCCUAGAUAUGGCGGCUGAUGAAAUACAAAAAUUACAGAGACAACAUUCGGCAAUACAAGCUAGAUUAAAAGAGCAUCGUAGAACUUUGUUAGAACUUCAACACAGGGUAUUACAAGUGCUGGUACGCCAAGAAAUUACACGUAAAGUUGGGUUGUCAUUGCAACCGGAGGAAGAAGUUCUAACACGUAGGUUCGAAUCUAUGCACUCCCAAGUCAGUGCUCCAACUCAAUUCAAAGGUAGAAUUAGCGAAAUGCUUUCUCAAUUGAGAAUGAGAAAUCAUAUAGACACACAAAAUCAAGAAAGGUAUGCGAUGGACCCCAUAGCACAGGAUGACAUAAAAGCGUACCUAACAAUGGAACAACAAGGCAUGGCACAACUUAUAGCAACAAUAAACUCCGAUCUAGAAAGUUUGAAAAUUAUUAAAGAUGGAAUGUCUGAACUCUUAAUGAGUCAUAGUAUAUUGUGAGAAUUAUAUAUAGCAAAGAAAUUUGCUUGUGUAUUUUUGACAACGUAAGUGAUAUUAUCACUGAUGAUAUGGUUGCAAGACUUUAAUAUGCAACUAACAACAAAGAUUUUGCACCUUUGUAAAAUUGGUGCCAUAUUUAUUUUAAAUCUACUUUCUGUCAUUACUGAUUUUCUCUAUUAUGAAUUAUACAUAUUUUUAUUUAGAAACUUUAUUUCGCCUAAAAAUAACAUUUAUUAAUUAUGAUAAUUUUCCAUGUAUUAGAUGAACGGUUUCAAUAUCGAAUCAAUCUGUUUAAACAAUGCUUGAAAAGAAAAAUUUUUAUAAGCGUGAAAAAUUUUAUAAACGACUAUCAUAUUAUAUUCUUUCACCAAUGUUAUCAAAAUACGGUUAUAAUACUUUCGAGAUUGAAGGGGAAAUAGAACUUGUUACAUGCUGAGAAAAAAUAAACAUUUUUUUACAUAAA